UAACUUGUAAGGACCAAAAAUGGCCAAUUCACCUUCAACUUUUGCUGGGCCUUCCCCUAAACUAGGAUUGUCCAUUGAACAAUCUUUCAUGGAAGAAGGCAAAUCUAAGGGAUUCCAAGAAUACACUAUUAAAGUUGAUAAACCUCCUUCUAGCUUCCAAAAGAUGGUUGCGGAACUCAUUGGUACAUACUUUCUCAUAUUUAUUGGCUGUGGUGCUGCAAUUGUCAACAAAAUAGAACCGUUAACAAUUGUGGGAAUAGCAAUAGUUUGGGGUCUUGUUUUAAUGGCAGCCAUUUAUGCACUAGGGCAUGUCUCAGGUGCCCAUUUUAACCCUGCAGUCACCCUUGCCUUGGCUGCUGCCAGAAAAUUCCCCCUGAAACAUGUACCUAUGUAUGUCGUUUCACAGCUGGUCGGUGCCACCCUGGCUAGCCUGACCCUCAGGGUGUUAUUCAAUGACGAAGACAGUAUUCGUACAAUAACGACUCACUACUCUCCUCCAACUACUGAUCUUGAAGCCAUCACAUGGGAAUUCAUAAUCACUUUCCUUUUGAUGUUCACUAUCAGUGGUGUUGCCACUGAUCAUAGAGCGUGCAAAGAUCUUUCAGGAUUGGCAGUAGGAGCUGUACUUUUGGUCAAUGUUAUGGUUGCUGGACCUAUCACUGGAGCUUCAAUGAAUCCUGCUAGGAGUAUUGGCCCUGCUGUUGUCUCGGGGAUCUAUACAAAGAUUUGGGUCUUUAUUGUAUCUCCUAUUCUUGGAGCCAUGGCUGCCACAUUGGUCUACAGCAUCGUCAGAGUCCCUAAGCCAGAAAUUUCUGGGAGCACCACCAAAAGUACAUACAAUCAUAUGUAUUUGCAGUCGAAGCAAUAG